UCAACCUGCGGAACAGGGAAGUGACAGCGAGACGGAUUUUAACUUUCACAAGUCCUGCGUGUAUUUUCCUUUACUUACAGUAAAAACGUCUCAUUAGGACAGUACUUUAAUGCUGUUGCUGCCUCAGUCUUUCUUCCACCGCUAAACGAAGCUCCAUGUGGACUUUGUCCGACUAAAAGCAGCCGUGUUAAGUUGGUAAAUAAGAAAAUGACGGUGGACGGUGGAGGGAAGGCGGCUCACUGGGUCAUCAUCGCGGGGCUCAUCUUAACCUUUCCAGCGGUUUCAGCGGCUCAGCAGCCUCACGUCGUCUUCGUCCUGGCAGAUGACUUCGGCUGGUACGAUGUCGGUUAUCACAGCUCCGAGAUCAGGACGCCCAACCUGGACAAACUGUCGGCCGGAGGAGUCCGCCUGGAGAACUACUACGUCCAGCCGCUGUGCACCCCCUCCAGGAACCAGCUCAUGACCGGGAGGUACCAGAUCCACACGGGCAUGCAGCACCAGAUCAUCUGGCCCUGUCAGCCGUACUGCGUCCCUCUGCAUGAAAAGCUGCUGCCUGAGCUCAUGAAGGAGGCGGGAUACGCUACUCACAUGGUGGGCAAGUGGCACCUGGGCAUGUACAAGAAGGACUGCCUGCCCACCCGCCGGGGCUUUGACACAUACUUUGGUUACCUGACAGGCAGCGAGGAUUACUACACUCACGUCCGCUGUAAUCACAUCUCUGCUCUGAACCUGACCCGCUGUGCGCUGGACCUGAGGGAUGGAGAAGAGGUCGCCACCGGAUACAAAGGAGUCUAUUCCACCGAGCUGCUCAGCCAGAGAGCCAUCAGCAUCAUCGAAAAACACAAUCCUAACAAGCCGCUCUUCCUCUAUGUGGCGCUGCAGGCUGUACAUGCGCCCCUGCAGGUGCCAGAACACUACUUGGCUCCCUACAGCUUCAUCAAAGACCCCCAUCGCAGGCUGUACGCCGGCAUGGUGUCGGCCAUGGAUGAGGCGGUGGGCAACAUCACCCAGGCUCUGCGGCAGGGAGGUUUUUGGGAUAACACGGUUCUCGUGUUCUCCACAGACAACGGUGGUCAGACUCUAUCCGGUGGCAGCAACUGGCCUCUGCGGGGGAGGAAAUGGUCACUAUGGGAAGGAGGGGUCCGGGGAGUGGGAUUUGUCGCCAGCCCGCUACUGAAACAACCCGGAAGGGUCAACCACGAGCUCAUCCACAUUUCUGACUGGCUGCCGACACUCGUUGGCCUGGCAGGAGGCAGCACCAACACCACAAAGCCGCUGGACGGAUUCAACGUGUGGGACACAAUCAGCAAAGGGUUUGCCUCACCCAGGCUGGAGCUGCUGCACAACAUUGACCCUCUGUAUAAUGACAUCGCUCCAUGUCCUGGCAGGCGGUUAACUUUGGCUCAGGUGCACAGCGGAGACUCCUGGGCAAACUCCGGCUUCAAUGUGUCCUUUCACGCGGCCAUUCGAUCCUCAAACUGGAAGCUGCUGACUGGCUACCCGGGUUGUGAUGUUUGGUUCCCCCGACCCGACCACAACGAGUCGAGCUCCUCUCAGGUGGAUCCGCUGAAGCCUGUGAUGCUGUUUGACAUAGAAAAAGAUCCAGAGGAGAGAAAUGAAGUAUCGGCUCAGUUCCCUGCAGUAGUCGAUUAUCUCCUCACCAGACUCCAGAAAUACCAGAAAAGCGCUUUGCCCAUAAACUUCCCGGAUGACGACCCCAAGUGUGACCCGGGCCCCAGCGGAGCCUGGGGACCCUGGGCUUAGAUGGAGAUGACAGUGAUGGACAUUAUGAAGAUUGUAGCACUUUGUUUAUGGAGGUUUACAACAGCAGGAUUUUUCUUCUGUGGAGAAACAAAAAUGAAGUUUUAGAAAUUAAUUACUUCACUCUUUGGUGAUUAGAAUUUAAUAUUCUAUCCAGAAUCUCAGUGAGACCUGUCAUUCAUUAAUUGACUGACAGAAGCUGCCAUUAUUAUGGAUGUCUGUUUCCCAGGCUUAUAAUGCUUUCAGAUCUGUUAGCUGCACAUGUUGCUGAUUUGUAAGACUAUCUCCCUGCUGUUUCAGGUAUUUGCACUUCAUUUAUCUGCCGUUGAGAAGCCGCAGGCCUCUUGUACGUGUCAGACACAGAGAAAUAACAGGCCGUGUUUAACCUGAGACAAGUAUUUCACUGAGCAAACUGUUGAAGAUUUAAAAAUAUGUAUUUUUACAGAUUGUACGGUAUGCACCAGAGAGAAAGACAAGGCUUCUAUGGUGUUGAUUUUAGCCAGAUUUUUAUAUUUAAAGCUGCAAUGAUCAUUUUUUGUAUUGAUGACAAAGUGAUUAUGUAAAAUGCAACAGGAGCUACUUCUCCUGAUGAACCCAAA